AUGAUUUUCUUCCGUAAGGUUUUUACCAUCGCUGCUGUAGUUGCGUCUUUCGCGCUUCCAAGCCAUGCUAAACCAAUGCACCAUGCACGGGGCAGUAUGACAAUCACCUCCGAUACCUCCUCUGUGGAUGCGGUAGUCUUCAUAGAUCACUUGAAGAUAUUUCAGAAUGAAGUUGUUGCAUGUUCUGAGAAAAUAAGUAAGGCCGCAUCAACGGGCGAGGAUCCCGAAGACGAAAUGGAAGAUCUCAACGGGAUCUUCAACAAGAUGCAAAUCUCCCUAACAAAACUGACACCUGACCAAGAAAAAGAAUGCGCUGUUAUUGUGGCUGCGGUUCUCAAUACAUCCAUCAAGGCUUGUCAUGACGUUGCAGCAAAUCACAAAUUCAUGAAGUUCUAUGCCAAGUGGACGGAAACUGAUUUUGCUAUGCACUCUUUCAUGCAGAAGCUCGCUGGGGUAUCGUUUUUGGCUUACAAACAAUCUCUAAUAGGGGCUGGCAAAACCUGUGCUGUUUAUCUUCAUGACAUGAGUAUGAGGCACAUGGUCAACAAUUUCCGUGGUAUGGGUCUUAGCUACGAGUAG